AUGAGUUUGUGUUUUCUGGUUAUUUUGGUGUUCUUGUUGGGUAGUGAAGCUAAAGCCGGGUUCACACCGAGUAACGGCAACGGUAGUACAAAUUAUAAUUACAUUACCUGGAACGAUUUUAAGGUUGAUUAUCAUGAUCAUGGUAGAUUAUUGCCUGUGGGAGAUUCAGUUAAUCUGGAUAAAGUAAUAAUCGUGGUUGACAAAAAUGGGAGUGGAGAUUCAUUCACUGUUCAAGGCGCAGUUGAUAUGGUGCGUGAACACAACGCGCACAGAGUCAAGAUUCACAUUCUUCCCGGAGUUUACAGAGAAAAGGUCCGUAUUCCUAGAAAUAAACCGUAUAUUUCAUUCAUCGGAGAACAAAAUCGAGCGUCGGAGACGGUUAUUACUUGGCACGACAAAGCUGGUGACAGAGAUUCCGACGCCGGAGAUUUAGGGACGCAGAGAUCUGCCUCCGUCACCGUCGAAUCUGACUUUUUUGUAGCAUCGUGGAUCACUUUUCAGAAUACGAUAGUUGCGCGACCGGGGAUUAUAGGGGCACAGGCGGUGGCGUUGAGGAUCGCCGGCGAGAAGGCUGUGUUCUACGAAGCGCGGUUUCUGGGGUCGCAGGACACGCUUCUGGACGAAGGUGGGACCCACUAUUUCUACCGAUGUUUCAUACAGGGGUCGACGGACUUCGUCUUCGGCAACGCGAAAUCGCUGUACCAGGAGUGCGAUAUCUCCGUCGUGGGCCGCGGGUUCGCCGUAGCGGCUCACCACCGCAACACCGCCGCCGAAGAAACCGGGUUCUCCUUCGUCAACUGUACGGUCAGAGGUACUGGAGUUGUCUACCUGGGCAGAGCGUGGGGAGAGUACUCGAGAAUCGUGUACUCGCAGAGCGAUUUCAACAUUCGCGUGAAACCACGCGGUUGGGACGAUUGGAGAAAACCUUCUAGACGCAAGACGGUGAUGUUUGGAGAAUACAAAUGCAGAGGGAGAGGGGCGAAUCGGAGAAGAAGGGCGCGUUGGUCCAAAUCACUGAGUUACUCGGAAGCAAGACCUUUUCUUGAUAAAAACUUCAUUAAUGGCGAUCAGUGGCUAAGAUUAUGAACCCGGGUCAGUCAUAUUAAACGGGUUGCCCGGUUGCUGAGAAUCGGAUAUGUUGUGGGCUCUGUAAAAUAUCUGUUUAUAAUUUUAUUGGGUCGAGACCCGCACCGAAAGUGAAAGUGAC